AUGGUAGUGCGGUCUAACGACACGUCCUUUUUCAUAAAACAAGGAAAAAAAAACAUAGAAGCUGAGACUGAGUUUUACUAUACGAUCUUGUCGAUGGUUCGUAUGUUUUGCGGUUUCCUCAGCCGGAAGAAGAAAAAGCCUUCGUCAUCUUCGUCUUCACCGUCGCAAGAUAUUAAAAAGGUAAGACAAGAACUAGCAGGGCUUUUAGCCGUGGCCAAGGCUGCCUUUGUGGUGAUGGUGCCGGCUGUGGAGGUUGCGGCGGUUGUGGAGGUUAAAACUUACUAGGCCAUCGCGAUGGGUAUUCUCUUGUGUAACAUGUGCCACAAGGAGGAGGAGUCGACGUCGUCUCCCGCGGGAACAAAAGAUGGAGGUCUUGUUGUCAUGUCGUCUUCGGAAAAAAGUAAGACCAAAGGCUGUUGUUGCGGCGGAGGGGGUUGUGGCGGCCGUGGCGGUGGUUGUGGUGGAGGUGGUGGGUGUGGAGGUGGCGGCGGUUAGA